UGCUUUGUUAAGCCCCAAGGGCACGCCUCGCCCUCGAGCCCUAUUGGGAUUGCUUAGCAAACGCAGGUUGCGUCGGACUGGCGAGUUAACAUCCGGCUCCGGGAGUUCGACUGUUCGAGGCCAUGGAGGAGAGCAGCAGGAAGAGGGUGGCAAUCGAUCUCGACAGGCUCCCGAUCAAGCGCUUGAACGCCAUCGAUGAGAUCGGCAACGAGCAAUUCCCUCCAGAUGUUAGCAAUGAGGACAAGCGGCUCGGUAUGCUUCGGCGGAUCGACUUCUCGUCCAUAGUGGCGGAUAGCAUUGAGACGAGGAGAAAUCAGAAACGAACCUCCAAGGAGGCCGCUCCCGGACCUCAGCAGACUUGGCCUUGGCAGGGCUUUGUGGAGAAUCUGCAGCUUGCCCACCAGGAGUUAUCAGUCAUCAUUGAUCUGAUCAACACGGUUGAAGCCAAUGAUGCUGUAGCAGUCGCUGGAAUGCAGAGGCCAAAGCAGCUGCCAAAUGAAAUUCUGUCAGACCUUGCAGUAUCUGCAGCAACUAAGCUUCAACGCCUUCGGAAUCUUGGUAGGUACUUCAAACAAUCUUCCAAAGCAUUAGAACAGAGAGUCUCAAGAGAGGCAAGAUUUUAUGGGUCACUGAUUAGAUUGCAGCAACACUGGAAAGUUAAACGACAGCGUGUGUCAGCAACAAGUCCAGGCAAUGAGGGGUUCUCAUUUGAUUUGGUAGACAAUACGUCAUCAAAUACAACCAUACUCUCUCAUCCAUUGCCCAACACUCUUGUUCACAUUGUUCGGGAGACUGCAGGCCUUUUGGCCAUACAAAGACCACAAAAAUCACAUCAAUGCAUAUCAAUAAGUUAUUCUGCCAGUGAUUUUAAUUCUAGAAAUAAGAAGUCCCUUAAAAGGAAUAUAUACAAGUCAGAUGAAAUUCUACAAGCAAACAGGAAAGAAACUUUAACUGAUGAAGAUGUCAAUUCAUGGGUCAAAGAUACACAUUCAGUUCUCCAUGAAAUUCAUCAAUCAAUUUUUUUACAGCAGGUUUUUGAUAGGGUAAAGCAUGAAAGUUACAGCCCUUCACCAGGAAUUUAUGUCACUGGGAUGCGAGAAGACUUUUUACAGUUAGCAGUUGGUCAAGAUACUUCCAUUUAUUUAUCGCUUGUGCCCUUCAAGAAAGAAGAUGAGUUUCUUGACUCCAUGGGGCAUUCACAGAAUACCACUAAUGAGCACCCUCAUUCUGACUCAUCAGCACUAGUAGUGAUUAAUGAGAAAGACAUGCUCAAUGAAAACAACUUUGGAGUUCCUAGUCCUGCUGGCUUAGAAAUUUAUGUGAUGCAUAUUUUCCACAAAAAUUCUGUGGUAAGAUUGAAGGAGAAAAAAAUUUCUGCCUCAAGAGCAGCUGUUGCUGGUCAGGCUGCUGCUGAUUCUUGCGGGCUCAGUCAUUUCUGUAAGACAAUUGCUCAUAGAAUUUUUUCCAACAAAGUUCUGGCAGAAAUAGAACGUCUUGUCAGUAGGAUUCCGUUUGUUCAGUUGUUGUCUCACCCUCCUUGGCAUUCCAGAACAUCAUCAUGGUCUCUCUCCUUGAAAUUUCCCGAGUCAGUUUUUCAUUCUGCCUGUCUGUCUGAGUCUUCAAAUAAUUAUGAUGCGAAGGGUUUAAUUAGGUCACAGCUUCAUACCAAGAUAGUGGUCAAGGAUGACCAAGUUACAGUGAGCGGAGAAGGUGCACCGAGUACUCUCUGUUCAUUCAGAAUUUCUCCCAAUGUUUCUUCAGUGGGUAGCUAUGGGUGUGACUUGGAUGAUCUUCCACUAAUUCUUCUUCAGCAGAUUGCUGGUCGGAUUAUUCAAUGGCUUCAUGAUGAAGCUUUGAUAGUUGGGAUGAAGGUGAGAAGAGACUUUUUGUGCCUGUAUUUUGAUCUUGACCAAGGCGACAUGCUUGGUCUAGUGGCCCGCGUGGACCCAGACGAUGUCAAUGGUUGCAUCUCAUGGUGGUUGAUCAUGGAGGAUGCUUUGCAAGAUGAUGGGAAAUUCUCUACAAGUACCGGCGAAUACAAGAAUCGAAGAUUUCUCGGGCAUCUAUCACUUGAAGCACUGUACUUUAUGUUGAUGGAUCUAGUGAAUGUAAGUACUGAUAAUGGAUUCAGCUAACAUUUGGAUGGACCCUAGAUGGUGAUGCCUUACCGAGAAGGGGCUUACAAGUGCUCAUUCAGAAUUUGUGAUGCUUGAACACGUUGAAGUUGCCAUUGGGAAUUAUGUUUGAGUAUAUUUCCUUGAUCCUCAACGACAGAUUAUUUGGUGCGCA